AUGGACCAACCUCACCCUUCCUCAGGGCAUCCAGAGAUCUCCCACCCAUACCCGCCAUCGUACCGUUCACCACCGCGUAACACGCAUCAACUAGAAUAUCAGCGUCGUCGAGAAGACCGACAGAACAAUAAUCACUUAUCAGUCUCUGAUAAUCCCUAUAUCCCCUCUGCGUCGUCAUCGCCUGACCCAUCAUAUGUACGACCUACCACAAGAUUAACUAGAUCAGCCUCUGAGUCAUCCACUCACCCUGCGCUGGCUCCUACUGGUGGAGCGGGAAAAGAGUAUCCGGAAGGAUGGACGAAAGAGGAUGAAGAUGCCGAGAGGGAGUUCCUGAAGAAGGGGAUGUUUGAUUGGAAGAAAUUGACGGGUUGGAGGUUUUGGAUAAGGAAGGAAUGGUGGUACUGGUAUAUCAUCCUAGUAAUCGCUGCAGUCUUGGUCAUCCUGAUGUCAUUAUAUCAUGAUCAAAUCGUAGAUUGGAUGACACCAUUCGCAAAUUGGAUUAAAGAUUUGCCAGCAGGGUGGACAAUACCCAUCGCAAUUUUCUUUGUACUGUCCUUUCCACCUCUGUUCGGUCAAGAAAUACUAGCGAUUAUAGUAGGAGUAGUCUGGGGUCUAUGGGUAGGAUUCGGUAUAACAGCAGCAGGAACAUUAUUAGGUGAAAUUGGAAAUUUCUACGCUUUCAAAUAUUGUUUGAGAUCCACCGCUGCGAAAUACGAGAAGAACAAUUUCAAUUAUGCUUGUAUGGCUCAUGUGGUUAGAGAAGGAGGGUUUUGGAUGAUCUUCGUUAUUCGAUUUAGUGCUAUUCCUGGGCACUUCUCGACCGCUGUUUUCGCGACUUGUGGGGUUGGUUUUUGGAUUUUCACCAUAGCUACCAUUCUGACUCUCCCUAAACAACUCAUCGUCGUAUACCUCGGUGUGAUAUUUGCGAAUGAUGAAGAUACCAGUUCGAAAGAAAAAUGGAUCUCGCAUGGUGUAUUGAUAUUCGGAAUUAUCGUCACCGUCUGGGCAGCAUGGUACAUAUACAAAAAGAUGGAUCAAGCUAGGAUCCAUGUAUGGAGGAAAAGAAGGAUGGAAGCUGCUUCUAGAGGUGUAUCGCUAAAUCCGGUAAACAAAGAAUGGGACCAACCCACCGACAACAACCUAGAUCGACCAACAGUGAAUCUUGAAGAAGAUGAUGAUAUAGAGGCGAGGAGUCCAAUCUUGAAUCAUAGACAUCAUGGCAAUGGUAAUGGUCAUCAGAGUUAUACGAAUCCUUAUGAUAUCAGCUAUCAAUCACAGAAUAACAUGUCAAUCUACCAAGUUGAUCCCUCUUCCUACCCUAAUCAAUCUUCUCAGUCACUACAAGGUCCCAAAGUAGAGAUUGAGCAGGAUAUAGGAUACGCAUAUAGACCUCCUGUAGAAUCAGAUUCCACAGAUUCAUUAAAUCGAGCCCAACAACAGCAUCAGUUGCAUCCUACUGCACAGUUCCCUGAAGCUAAAUCUACGGGUAUGGGUACGGCGGGAGGAUUGAAGAGGAAUCAAACUAGUGCGAGUAAUUAUACGGUAUACAAUAAUGAAAGUGCCGAAUUCCCUAUUCCUUUACCUAGUAGUCAUGCCCAGCAUCAGCAUGGGGUAGAUCACGGAAGAGAUCAUCCGCAUGUACAGUAUGGACGAUAG